AAAGAGAUCGCCAAAAUGGCGGCAGGAUGAUGUGAAAAGCCAAGUUGUCUUACAAGGCUUAAAAAUUAAUCCCAUCACACCCACUGAUGGAUUUUCAAGCAGAGCCUCGUCAAGUUAGCUUCCUCAGUGAUCAUAACUACUGGAUUUCGUGUGAAUCCCCAAGAGCCAAUGGAUUGAUAUCAGAGCAAAUGCAAGCAUUAGAUGGAAUUAUCCUGGAUUUCAUGAAAGAACAAGAUAUUCCUGGGGCUAGUGUGGCAAUAAGUAGAGGUGAAGAACUGAUAUACUGUCAAGGCUAUGGCUGUGCAGGUGCAGGAAGGAAAGUGCAACCAGAGUUAAUGUUCAGAAUUGCUAGUAUCAGCAAAACAAUUACUGCUGUUGGUGUUAUGAGACUUGUUGAAGAAGGGAAAUUGUCUCUGGAGGAUAAAGUGUUUGGUCCAAAGGGAAUUUUAAAGGAGCACAAUCCCACAGAUAUUGGUGAUAUUCGACUCUUAGACAUCACACUGAAACACUUGCUUCAUCAUUCAGCUGGGUGGGACAGAGACAGGGCUGGGGACCCUGUGUUCUGGAAAGUUGGAAAACAUAUGAAUGUUGCUGAACCUGUGGCACCUUGUGUACUAAUACAGUAUAUGAUGGGAAGAAAACUUCAGUUUGCCCCAGGGAGAAGACAUGCCUAUUCCAAUCUUGGUUAUACAAUUUUGGGCCAAGUCAUUGAGAGAGUGACUGGUCAAGGAUAUGAAGAAUUUAUGACGACUCUUUUGAAGGCCGUGGAAAUAAAGCAAAUGAAAAUUGGUAGAACUCGCAAGAAUGAACUCAGUGAUGAGGAGGUGGAAUAUUUUCACAAUCGUCACCCCAGGAUGGUGAGGUCGAUAUUUCCUGACGGCUGUAAAGUACCGCCACAGUACGGAAGGUGGACCAUGGAAGAAGCGGACGCCCACGGGGGUUGGAUCGCCACUGCUUCUGAGCUGUUAAAGUUUCUCCUCUCCUUAGAAUCGGGUGUUAAUGGAAAAAGAAUCAUCUCACACGAAACUUUCCAAAAAAUGCUCGAUAAGCCGUCAUUUGAGAAGGAUACAGAGGAAUGGUACGGAUUUGGUCUCGACAUCCGGGACAAUGGAAGCACUUGGGGUCACAGUGGACAGAUGGAGGGUACCUCAGGUGUUUUGACACGACACUGCGAGGGGUACGCUUGGGCACUGUUGUUCAAUUCUUGGGCUAAAGAUCUCGAUCUUGAUGGACUGGUAAAGUACGCUUUGAGUAGCACUUUAUGUGUAUCAGUGCAGCCAAGUUUAAGCGGUGUAUUUCCAAGCAGUAUCACAACGGAAGAUAAACGACAACUGAUUAAAAUAAUGGUGCCAAAACACGAUUUCUGGCCAUUGUACGAAGAUGUAAAGAGUCGAGGAUUUGAUUUAACAUGGCUAAACGCCUAUAGAUUUGCGAAUGCUUUAUACUUCAAUAUGAUUUUUUUCCAGAACGUUUAUUUAAAUUCAGCCAUAUCUAUUUAUAUUGGACUUACAAAGGAUGCUUGCCGAGAAAGACUGAACAAUCUUGUUGGUCUACGGCCCGUCCAUAUCGAAACUUACGUUGAUAACAACGACCUACUUUACGCUCUGCUGUUAACUUCGAAUGAUGGUAAUGGGGUGUCGUGGACGUUAGAUUUGGAUCUCACCGUGGCUCAGCAUCGAAAAAAUAUGCCUGUGAUGUUUAAAAGUGGUUUUAACCUCACUGUACAGUGCUUGACCGAAUACAAAGGCCGGUUGCAUGUCUCAGUUCUAUACGAAAAGGUCGCGAAUGGCGAAUGCAUUGCAGAAUUUGACUUGAAACCAGAUUAUUACCAGUUUGAAUUUCACAAACAGGCAAAGGAGGGAUUGAUGUUAUCUUACGCUAAGGCCUAUCACGUGAAAGGUCAACCUCGAUUUAGUGUGAUUUGGACCAAUGAGAAAGCAGAAAUCAGUGGAACCCGACAUAACGUGUCCAAAUAUGGGUUUUUGUUUGAACUGAGAGAAGCGGCAAAAAAGAACUUUUAUGCUAAGUGUGUAAGCUGUUAUAACAAUGAAGAUGUUCUAAACUUUUUAGCUUCUUGGAACAAAUAAAUCUAAACGUCCAUUUUGUUCAUUGAAUGAUGCAUUUAUUUUUUCAGCAUUUUUGUAGGAGAGAAUUGUUUGAAUUGUAGCGCACCCCUACAAUUGCUGAGCACCCCUAAAGCUAUGCGUUCUUAACCAGAAAAUUAUACUAAAGUCUCUUCUGUAUUAUCGCAAUAAUUUUGAAUGUACACAUAGACCCUAAAGGUACCUGUUCAGUAUGUCUCAAGAUAUUAUGGGCAUUACACAUUUAAAAACCCAUUCAUCGGAGGCAUAUUGUCAAUAAUGUUUCUCGUAAAUUUAUUUACGACAAUGCUGCAGUUUCAUCUGCAAUGGUUCGCUUGUAGGCAAACUAUAUGUCGUAGUCAGUUGAAUUCUGAAGUAUUUCAUCAACUCCCUGAGGUUACUGCCCCAAGCAGUAUCGUCGUUUUACAUUUGUAUUCUGUGUAUGCACAUAGGUAAUCUUGUCAAGGUAAUCUUGUAGUAGCGAUCGGAACAGACAUUAGAUAUUUCAUCAUUUGAGUUCCAAAUCUAGAGAUUGAUUACUCACUGAAUAAAUAGUUAAAUAUUUUG